ACAAACGCAGCCAAACAAUUCAGCGAUCAAGACGUGCGCGCACGCCCGUAAAUCCGUUUUCGUUAAUUUAGUUAAUUUUUGAGUUAAAGUAUAUCUCCAUUACUGAAUUUAAUAAAAAUUUUAUUUAAUAUUAUUUUUGUGGGUAAAGUGUGUAUUGUUCAUAAAAAUUAAAAUCUUAUAACAAUUAAUUUUGCAAACACAGACGGGCAGCCACCGUGUGAAGUAGAGUGAAGAGUGUUUGUUUACAAGUAGAGUGUUUGUUUACAUUUUAUGAAUAACAACAACAACAAUGAAAAUAAUACUUUAUUGUUAAAGUUUUGAAAGAGAAACAAAGCCACCUCUGUGAAUAUUUUGAAGAGAACAAAAAAAUUGCGUGAAAAAUACCUAAGUGCAAAAAACAAAAUUCACACUACAAUUAGCUUAAAAUAGUGUCAUUAACCAACGUUUUAGAGGUUACCAUAAAUAAAAUAACACAUAAAUAAUAAAACAAUGUUUUAACUAGUGAAGCAAACAACACAACAUAAAGAACGUCUAAAAAAGAAGCAUUGACAUAUAGAACAACGACAUUCAUCUUCAUGAUACAUUAUAAUUAAGUGAAACUAGAAAAAAAACAAAACAAGAAAUUCAUAAAUCACCAACGAAAAAAACAAAACACCAAAAAACGCAAUGCUCUUGUGAAUCAGUGCGAAAAGAAACGACUUCAAUGAAAACCGCCCUAUAAUUGGAUUACCACUACUUUGGGGGCUAGAAUAUCAAACUUCAAAGACUUCAAUAUCAUCUCAUUGAGGCUGCCACAAAUUUUCUUGUUGCUUGGUUGGUGGCUUUUCAUCUCUGUGGAUGAAUAUCAUCUAGAGUAUCGACAUCAGCAAAAAGAACGCAGCAAUCCACAAAAGUGAUUCCAGCCUGCACACUUAAAGACACACACAUACACCGAGGAUAUGGCUUUUCAACGUAGCUACAGCAAAGUCUGGUGGGGAUCAGACAAUCAGACAAUGCCCGGCAUGAAUGGGGGCAGCGUCAUGAAUUCCGCCAUCCAUCAAAUGCUUACCAGCUCCAACAAUGUCAGUUUAACAAGUGGUGGCUUGUACUAUAACCAACAGCAGAAACCACAACAACAGCAGCAAAGGAAUCAGCAUCAACCACAAAUGCAGCAGGAACCGCAUCAGCAGUAUCAGUCAUUUGGUGGAAGUGCUUAUCAUUCAUUGGAUUUACAUCAAUACAAAUAUGGUGGUAACUUAUCGCGAAUCCAAGAAGUGGAGGAUGAGCAUAACAUCUCAAAAUUAUCCUGGGGAAAGCAUGAUAGCCCUGGAAGUUUAAGGUCUCAAGAUUCUGGCUUUUCGGACAAUGAGGAAUUUCACCAUACGCGCAGUCUCAGUGGUCGUUCUUCAAAGACUUCUUCGCCCAGCUCCAAGUCAAGCUUUGGAUCUCCUCAGUCGACAAGGUCUGUGGAAACCCCGCCCACCGUUGUUAGAAAAACAGUGCGUUCUGAUUACUACACAUCUCUGGUAAAUGUCUCGAGGCGCAUUACCUUUCCAGCCUCGCCGGUGGCUAACAAUAAAUUGCAGCAUUCUUCAUCGUCGCCGAUACAAGAACCCUCCAACGCUGAAGUUGAAGAUGAGGGUCCCUCCCUUCUGGAAAAACUGGAUAGUAUGCAACUGAUGAAUGAGUCGCCAGUGGCACAGCAGCCGUACUUUGAGCAGAGCAGGGAACCUGCACCACCCACACCUAUUCGAAGUGCCAAUCCCAGAAUAAAGAAACGUCGCAAGGUACAACGCAAGCCAACAACCCCUCUGUCUCCCACUCGGAAACGUUGUCAAAGCUGUAACAAUAGCGAGAGCCAUGAAGACGAUAGCGAUGGGGAGGAACAGCAAAACCAGAACACAAGUCAUAGAUCUAUACCCGAGUACAAUAAUGAGACUGUGUAUCUGGGGGGACCUCCCACUUGUUCUACGCCACCACCACCCUAUAAUAACGAAACUGUGGUGUUGGGAGGACCUUUGGAGGAUAGUCAGCACAAUAACACUUUAAAAUACGAUGAUUAUGGAGUAUCGCCCCUAAGAUUGCAUACACGCUUCAGUGGUCACACCAGCACCCCUAAGGCCUUAAAGGAAACCUGUGGCUUUAGCAGCAACUCCUCCAUGGCCCCUUUUCUGGAAUGCAAUGAAUAUGACAACACCCUGCUUAAUGGCCAUAGUCCUGAUGUCCAAUUUUGGUUAGAUGAUCUUCGCAUGUCGUAUGACCAGGAGGUAAUGUCCACGCUACAAACCAAAUCCAUAGCCCAGGAGGCCAUAAAGAAUCUGAAAAUCACCACUAGUACAGUGGCCAAAUUCAUCAGACAGUUGCAGCAGAAGGCUUUGCGCAUGCAGCAAUGCUUUGAGAGAACCGAACGCCAGCUUGGUGGCUCGGAGAAUAUUUCAUUGCAUGAGGCAUUGAGUGGCUCCCUGCAUCUAUUGGGCAAUGUGGCUGAGUUCACUCAUAUAUUGGAGCGCAGAUCGGUGUUCUUUGCCGAGAACCGCUUGGAACGCAAACGUUAUGAGGACUAUAUUGAUCAAAUACGCAUGGUCCAUAAGGAUACGCGCUAUUCUUUGGAGAAUCAACACUACAUCAAUCUUGAAUCUUUGUUGGAAGAUUUACAAGUUUUGAAACGCAUUCUCCUGAUUGCAGUGCGACAAGUUUACGAGAAGCUGGUGCGCAUUUUGAUACAAAGUAUUGAGAAUGGUCGUUGCGAUUUGAUGCUUAAGGCCAACAUCAACAUGGUGGCCACUCUGAUGAACAUUGAUUAUGAUGGAUUUGCUUCCCUCAUCGAUGCCUUUGUGCAGACGGAGGCAGUGCGCACCCUGUUGGUGGUAUGCUUGGAUAACAAAUCGAGUUCAGUUAGGGCUCAGUCUCUAAGAGCUUUGGCCACUAUUUGCUGUGCUCCCGAGCCCAUAUUCCAGUUAGGCUCUUGUGGAGGCAUAGAAGUGAUACGAGACAUCUUGCAAAUUGGAGAGCCAACCAAAAAGUCUGCACAAAAAGAGAUAAAACGCAGCGAUUUGGAGCGAAGAGAAGCUGUUUCUUUGCUGACUCAAAUAACGGCGGCCUGGCAUGGCCCCGACCAUCGUGUGGAUGGCCUACGCGAUUGUGUGGAAACUGUGGUGGAGGGUCUAACGCGCCUGCUGGUCUUUACCGAAUGCCCUCAAACGCUGUUGCUGUGUGCAGCGGCCUUAAAUAAUUUAUCACGCAUGGAAAUCACCUCCCACUAUUCGAUUAUGUCUCAUGAAACCAUCUUCAAGCUUAUCGAUACCAUGGAGAGCCGAGAUGAGGGCAUCAAUGUGUUUCUUUAUGAACAAAUCGUUGCCAUGCUCUACAAUAUGUCAUUGAAUAAGAAAUGCCACAGCCAUUUGGCCAAUGGUUCCAUCGUAAAUUUCAUCACGUACGCAUACCAAACGGAGUUCUAUAAGAUCUACAGCACGCGCGGCGAAAGCGAAGCCCAGCAACGUUGUAUCAAAACAAUUUUGCAUACAUUGACACGUCUGGUGCAGGACUCAGUGUUGGGGAUGGAGCUGCUGGAGCAGCACAAUCACAUGCCAUCAGCUCUCUUUUAUAGUUUGAGCGCUCCGCCAAGGGGACAGGAAUUUCAGCGACAACAGCAACUCUACCACCAACAACAUUUGCCUUUGGACAUAAGCACUAGUCGUGAGAUUUCCUUCUUGGCCCGCAGGUUGGACUCGCAUCGGCAACAAGAGCAGUCAGAGUUUGAGCCAGGGCAGGAGCACAAUGAACUCUGUCAUGAGGAAAGAGAAAGCAAAUUGAAAACGCAAUUGCAGCGCCAGGAAAGUUAUGUUUAAACGCCCAGCGUUGGGGAGAGAGCAUUAAACUAAAACACCUUAGACCUAAAUCUGCAACUACCAACACUCAACCAAAGACAAAGUGAAAUGUUUAACACUUCAAGUACCACUACUCGAAGGGAACAAUAAUGGAGGCAAGCCCAGCAGCCCGUGUGCCAGCCAGCCAGCCAGCCUAAGAUAUUGGUUGGUAAACACUUGGCUUGACUCAAAGGCACGGUGUAAACAAAGUGUCACGUUUAUAGCAGCCAGCCAUACUCCAAAAGCCGCCUACUUUUAGUCAGACGUGCAUAAAAGUCAUAGCAAAAGUUUAACCUCGUCAUUGCUCUUUUUUCAACGCGGCUAUUCAACCUGCCAGCCAGUCAGCCGUUGAGCAAACCUUGUAUCCGGGCAAUUCACCUCUGGCGAGCAUUUAAGGUUCAAUUACAUCAAAAGGGGGAAAAAGUUUUCUUUAAAUCGUUCCAUGUACUUCAUAUUUACAUGCAGUAACAAUGGAGCACGUAUUAAAUGAACAUUUUAUUCAAACUGAGCAGCAAAAAGUGGAGUAAAGUGGAAUGCUCCCGGAACUUGAUCAUUUAUUAUUUAGUCAAUAAAUUUGUCAAAGUUCAUCUGCAACAUAUCACGGUAUCUAAAACCAAACAAAAACAAAUAAUUAAAAAUUAAAUUAUAAAUGUUUACUUUGCAAAAGCAAGUUUAGUUUAUAUCAACUAUAGUCAAGCUGUGCCAAAAAAGAAAUAUUAAAGUAGCCUAACUUACAAGAUUAUCUCUUAGAUUAUACACUUGUAAAUAACACAUUUGUAAAAUAAAUGUAAAAAGCAAGAAACCAAAUACUGUGUAACAUAACAAACCAUGUAUGUAAGUAUAUGUAUAGAUGAAAAAAAAAAAUUAUAAUAAAAUCCAUUUUGUA